AUGACAACAAAAAAAAAGAUUCAUUUAGAAGGAUGGUUAGAUAAACAAGGAGAGAGGGGAAUUAUUAAAGGAUGGAAAUCAAGAUUCUUUGGUCUAUCAUCAUCUGGUUUUGAAUUACAUUAUUAUGAACAACAACAACAAUCAGAUAAUAAUUCGUCGUCGGGUAACGGCAACAAUUCACAAUCAAACAUUAGUGUCAUUGGAUCAAAUAGUUUAGGGUUUAUCGAUAUUAGAGCAGUGACAUCUGUCAAGAUUGUAGAUCCUUCUACCUUUGUCUUUUCAAUCGACGUACCGGGUCGUUCAUACAUGUUGCGUGGCAAGAAUGAACGUGAUGUACAAUACUGGACACAAGGUGUAAACGAAGUCAUCUCUGCCUAUCAAAGACAAAAAGAAAAUAGAUUAUCAGUCUCUCAAACCGCUAUCCUAGAAAAUGCCCUUCAACAAAAGGAUAUCGAACUUUCAAAGUUACGUGAAAUGUUAGAACAACAAAAAUUAAAAGUUAAAGAUUUAACUAUUAACAAACAAAAAGAUGAAGUUAAUAUUCAAAUGUUAUCAGAAAAAGUUGAAAAAUUAAAACAAGAUCUAUCAAAUAAGGACAAUUUAAUUGAAAAUACAAGAAGAAAUUCAAUUAUUGCAAAUGGAGAAGAGAUUGGAAAGUUGACAAGUGAAAUUGCACAAAUCAAAAAAGAUCAAACUUUGAUCCAGGAAAAAGAAGAGAGUAUUAAAAAGUUGGAGUUGGAGAUUGCUCAAUUGAGUGGACACUUGGAGAGUGCCAAGAAGCAAAUCGAAGAAAAGGAAGCAUUGUCUAAUCGUUCACAUCAACUAGAAUUGGAUAUUGUCAAAAAGGAUACACUCCUAGAGGAAAAGGAAAAAGAGUUGAUCAAGUUGACCGAGGUGGCCAAACAAAGAGACAGUGAAUUGAUUGAAAAGAGUAAAGACCUAGAAAAUGUAAACAUAAAGGUCAUCAAUCUAUUGAAACAAGCUCAAGAAACCGACACCCAACAUCAAGAUGAAUUAGACUCCAAGGACAAGGAAAUCGAACGAUUAAUGAUCGAACGUCUUGAACUCAAGAAAUCAUUAACCGCCGCCGGUGAUGAUCAAGAUCAACAAGUUGAAUCACUCAAAAAAGAAUCCAUUGUCAACAAGGAAUUGGUUCAUAAUUUGGAAAAGGAAUUGGAACAAUUCAAAUCAAAUAGUCAAGAACAAGAAAACAAAAUUAAUUCACUUGAGGAGGAAUUGGAAUCUGAAAUCAAUCAACUAAAUGAAAAAAUUGUAUUACAAACUUCCAACACCGAGGAACAACAGACCAAGUUUGAGACGGAAUUGAAUACUCUAAAGUUACAACAUCAAGAAGAAAUCAAAUCGAUAAAGUCAGAGCAAGAUGAAAAAUUACAACAAACAAUUGAAAGCAAGCAAACUGAAAUCAACUCUAUCAAGGAGGAACAAGAAAAAGAGAUUGAAUCGUUAAAGAGUGAAUACCAAGAAAGAAUUCAACUAUUACAAAAUGGAGCCGAUUCAUUAGAUGUCAUGGAAAAACAAAUUGAAUCUAUCAAAUCAAACAACAAAAAGGAAAUUGAAUCAAUCAAGGAACAAAAGGAAAUUGAAAAGGAAAUUGAAAUCAAAUCAAUCAACGAUCAACAUCUACAAGAUAUUGAAAAUUUAAAGAAUCAACAUCAACAAGAAAUUGAAACUUCACAAUCAAAACAAAAGGAAUUCCAAUUCCAAAUUGAAGAUUUGGAAAAUGAAAUCUUACAAGUUAAAUUGGAAAGUCAAGAAGAUUUGGAUCAAGAAAUUGAAAAUCUAAAGAGUCUACAACAACAAGAAAUUGAAAAUCUAAAGAAUCAACAUCAACAAGAAAUUGAAUCUGUCAAGAGUCAAAACCAACAAGAAAUUGAAUCAAUUAAUAGUCAACAACAAGAAAUUGAAUCAAUCAAGAAUCAACAUCAACAAGAAAUUGAAUCAAUCAAGAGUCAACAUCAAUUAGAAAUUGAAUCAAUUAAUAUUAAACAACAAGAAGAAAUUGAAUCAAUCAAGAAUCAACAACAAGAUAUUGAAUCAAUCAAGAAUCAACAUCAACAAGAUAUUGAAUCAAUCAAGAAUCAACAUCAACAAGAAAUUGAAUCAAUUAAUAUUAAACAACAACAAGAAAUUGAAACAAUUAAUAAUCAACACCAAAUCCAAAUUAAAUUAUUGGAAGAAGAAAAGAAUGAAUUUAUUCUUGGACGUUCAUCACAAGAAGAAUCAAACAUUUCAAAGGUCAGUGGAUUAGAAGAUGAAUUGACAAGAAAGACAGAACAAUGGAAGGAAGAAGUAAAGAAAUCAAUCUUACUCCAAGACGAGGUCGAGCAACUCAAUCAACAAUUGAAAUCCGAAAAGGAUACCAAUGCUAGUAAUCUUGCUCUUCUAAGUAACAGUGCCAAUAGUAAUAGUGAAUUGAUUACAUCACUUCAAGAUCAAUUAAAUCAUCUAAAGGAAGAUAAUUCAAUCCUAAAGACAGAAUCAAAACACAAAUCACACGAUCUCAAAGAAUUGGUUAAAAAGCACGAGUCUACCAACACACAACUCGUUCAAUCCGUUGCUACACUUGAACAACAAUUGGCAGAUACCAAGAGUCAAGAAGAAAACUUGAACCAAUUGUACAGUCAAUUGGUAGAGGAUCAUGAAAAGUUGCGUAUCGAAUCUCAACAACAAGUAGAGAGCCUCAAGGAAGCAAUUAAUAUUGGAAAGGAUAAUCAAGAAGAUUCAUCUGCCAAAUGGGACAUUAUGGCCAAGGAUUUGGAACAAGCUCAAAACCAUAUCGAUGCACUCACCAAACAAUUGGAAGAAAAGCAAAUUGAAUUGUUAGAGAGAGAGGAAUUGGGUAACUCAUUUAACCGUGAACUCUUGUCUAUUGACCACGAAGAUACCAUGCUUCAAAAGAUUACAGAAUCAAUUGCCGAGCGUAACGAUGGUAUUCGUCAAUUGUUGGACGAUGCCAAUAGUCGUGAAAAGGAACUUCAAGAACGUAUCCAAACAAUGGAACAAAGUUAUCAACAAUUAAUUCAAGAAAAGGAUUUGACAUUUAGUACUGUCGAGGAACAAAAUAAUGUUCAAGUUGUAGCUCUUAAAAAGGAAAUUGAUUCUUUACAACAACAAUUGUCUGAAGCCUCUGAAAAGAUUGUUGUUGUUUCUCCACCUGCUCAAGAUGGAGUUUCCGUUUCACCAAGUCUAAACUCUUCAGUUCAACUUAAAGAAUCGAUUGGUGAUGCAAUGUUGUUUUCAUCUGAACUUGAAAAAGAGUUGCAAGACAGUGACCUACAGGAUCAAUUAACAAACACCCUAGCUGAAUUGGAUCACAAGACCAAGGAACUCGAAUACAAGGUAGAGGAAUUGGUUGGAUACCAAAAACAAUUGGAUACUGCUCAAGAACAACUUGGCAAAUCAAAGAAUCAAUUGGACGACUCGGCACGUAAAUAUACUGCCAUCGAAAAGGAACGUAAUCAAUUGGCAGAGAAAUGUAAACAAUUGGAUAUCGAAUACUAUGAAAUGAAAGAUAAAAUUAUGGUUUUGGAAGAAGAAAUUCAAUCAUUUAAACAAAAUGAUAAAGAAUCUACUGUUAUCAUUUUAUUAAAAGAAAGAUAUUUCCUAACAGUAGCAAGAAGCUUAAAAUUACAAGGUGCACAAUUAGGUUACCCAUGUAACCGUAAUGUUUAUGAACUGUAUGAACAAGCAACAAAAGAUAAUAUUCACAUGGACGAAUGGCCAGUUUGGAUAUCAAAACAAUUGGAAUUUUAA